CUUUUCCACUCCACUCCACAAAAUGGCUCCAAGAACCUCCCUUGCUCUUUUCCUUUCUCUCAACCUCCUCUUCUUCACUUACACCUCUGCGACAUGUUACAAGUGCCUCCCCACCCCAACUACCCCGACCAUCCCGACCAUCCCGACAACCCCGACCACCCCGACUACCCCGACCACCCCAAGCACAGGUACUUGUCCUAGAGAUGCCCUACAGCUCGGUGUUUGCGCUAAUGUGCUCAAGCUAGUGGACCUAAAAUUGGGAAACCCACCCGUUAAGCCAUGCUGCUCUCUUAUCCAAGGCUUGGCUGACCUUGAGGCUGCGGUCUGCCUUUGCACUGCUCUCAAGGUUAACAUUCUUGGAAUCAACCUUAACCUUCCCAUCGAUCUCAGCGUUCUCCUCAAUGUUUGCAGUAGAAAAGCUCCAAAGAACUUCCAGUGCGCUUAAGUUUAAAACAUAGCUACUAAAUAAAUGAUUCAUACAGUUUAUGAAUUUUUGAACCUAUUUUCUUAUCAAGCUAUAUUUUUCUUGUUGUAAUUUCCCCGUAUUGUUUAUGAUGAACGUACUCUCCCAUGCAAUAAUGGGUAAUGCAUGGGUUUGUGUGUGCAUGUACUUCUUUGCUUUGUUGUUCCUCCAUCUCUUCUUUAAUUUGU